AUGGCUGCAAAGGACCAGGCAGACGCCGAGUAUCACACAGACUCUCCUGAAGGCCACAAGUACGAGAAUCACGACAAUAAGAAUGAGCCGGACCAGGAAUUCCAGGACAAACAGCCCGAGAAUGAAGAUGGUGCGGAUGCCAGGCAGCAGCAGCCGAAGGUGAGUGACAAGGUGACAGUGGCCACAUUUAGCAAAAAUGCGGCUGGAUAUGGGAAUUCCACAGGACUGCAGCACUCCGGAGCAAAAUGCAAAGACCUCGGAAACGGAACACGUGGUGAGAUUGUCCAACCAGCCCCGGUAAAAGGACGCAGUCUAUGGAACAGUGGCACAGAGGAACACCGCGCAAGCGACGUGUGGUACUGUACCCAGGAGGAGAUCAACAAACACCGCGAGGCCAAGAUGGAGGAGGAAGUCCAACGGCGACUACAUUCGGAGAAAGAAAGAGAACGCACGGAAUCGCUGUGGGGCCAGCAGCAGACGAAAGGCAAUCGAGGAAAUUUGCCUACACCCGAAACCUCCCUACUCUACUUCGUCAAGCAUCAGCAGGCUUCGGUCCUCGGCUACGUGUCCAAGAUGUGUGAGAGUUGUUUCGCUCCAUGCUACGAUUGGCUGCACGAGGGUUGGAGGACGAGGCACCUGUUGGACCUAGCUGCCGGAUCUGCCUUUGUGCUGGGCCGGAGGCCUUCGGCACAGCUAUGGCGCGAGUUCUCCUUCAUCGUCGAACGGAUCACUACC